UGUUUGACCACAUGGUGGUAGUAAGAGUCUACAAAUGACUAGGAACCAAUAUAUAGUAUGUGUCAGGUAGGACUCUUGAGAGAGGUACACACCUUGUACGCACGAGUGUUGAAGUAGCGUUUGUAAUAUGUGAUCGUGAUUAAAAGACAGUUCUGCAAGUCAUCCAACGAUGUGUUAUUUAAAACAAUAACAUAACAUGGUACCAGGAGUGAACGAACAUUGAAGUGGUGUAUUGUGAAAAGCGACAUGGAUUUGAAGCCACCUGAAAAGCUGAAGCUAAGUGGAAAUGUCGACAGCAAUUGGCGCACCUUCAAACAGCAGUUCCAGCUGUACAUGGCGGCUAUGGCACUGCAGGAUAAGCCGGAUGCAAGGAAGGUAGCGUUACUGCUUACAAUAGCAGGCCCACAUGCCAUUGAAGUUUACAACACUUUUGUGUUUGACAAUCCAGAUGAAAAAAACAAGUUGGAAGUUGUCAUUGAAAAGUUUGAUGCGCAUUGCUCUCCCAAGAAGAAUGAGACAUAUGAGAGAUAUGUGUUCCGUUCAAGAGUGCAAGCUCAUGGAGAAAGUUUUGACAGUUUUGUGACUGAUUUGAGGCUGAAAGCACAAACUUGCAACUUUGCUACACUGAAGGACUCUAUGAUAAGGGACCAGAUUGUAUGUGGCAUAGAAGACAAAAAAGUCAGAGAAAGACUGUUGAGAGAGACAGAAUUGUCGUUGGAGAAUGCCAUUAAAAUUUGUCAUGCAGCAGAAUUGUCACAGAUGCACGUCAAGACGUUUGGUGAAAUGGCGUCCACCGCAGCCAUCAGCGUGGGAGGCGACAACGUGCAUGUCGUGUCAAGAGGAUGGAAGUCGCAGCCUGCACAGCAGAAGAGUGACGUCAUGUUCCAAUGCAAGCGCUGUGGAUCGCAGCACAAGCCAAAGCAGUGUCCAGCAUUUGGUAAGCAGUGUUCCAAAUGCUAUGGAAAAAAUCACUUUGCCAAACAAUGUUUUGCUAAAGGAAAACCAUGCGCUAAAAAGGAAAAAUCUGUCAAUGUAGUGGAGGACACUGAUCUGGGUGAAACAUUCUUUGUUGGCCUAGUGAACAGUGAAAAUAAAACUGAAGAAGUAGUUAAUGCUGUUGAAAAAGACAAGUGGAUUGCACCGCUACAAAUAAAUGGAACUCGAGUUAACAUGAAACUAGAUACUGGUGCAAAGGCAAACUUGAUCAACAUGUCAGACAUCAAGGAAUUGAGAGAAAAACCGAAAAUCCACAAAACAACAGUUGUACUGAAAGACUACAAUGGUCGUAGCAUUGACAGUCUGGGCACAUGCAAAUUGAGAGUCACUGUAAAAGGAAAAGUGCACUACCUGCUAUUUUCAGUUGUCACUGAGGAACGUGAGUCAAUAUUGGGUGACAAAGCAUGUGAAGUUUUAGGACUGGUGAAAAGAGUGUAUCUUGUGAACACAGAUGUGAGCGCUCAAAAAAUUGAAACUGAUUCAAUAGUGCAGAACUACGCUGGUGUGUUCACUGGUUGUGGUGCUUUACCUUUUACAUACAAAAUACAGCUUAAAGAGCAGGCACGUCCAGUUGUCCAUGCAGCGCGAAGAGUUCCAGCAGCACUUAAAGAGCGUCUCAAAAAGGAACUGGACCGGAUGACAACACUGGGUGUAAUAAAGAAAAUCGAGGAACCAACAGAUUGGGUAAACUCCAUGGUCUGUGUGAAAAAGAAAAAUGGCGAUCUAAGAAUAUGCAUGGAUCCAAAAGACUUGAAUGAAAACAUAAAACGUGAGCACUACCAAAUACCAAAACGUGAAGAAAUAGCCAGUGAGAUGGCUGGGGCAAAAUAUUUCUCAAAAUUGGAUGCGUCAAAUGGCUUUUGGCAAAUCAAACUAGACGAAAACAGUAGCAAAUACUGCACUUUCAACACGCCUUUUGGUCGCUACUGCUUCCAACGCCUACCAUUUGGGAUCAAAUCUGCAUCAGAAAUAUUCCAUAGAGCAAUGGAACAUAUCAUUGAAGGCUUGGAAGGCGUGCGAGCGUACAUCGACGACAUUGCUGUGUGGGGAAGAACAGCAAAAGAACACAACGAAAGGCUGACCAAAGUGUUGGAAAGAGUACAACAAUAUGGACUCAAAUUAAACAAAAAGAAGUGUCAGUUUGGAGUGUCAGAGAUAAUUUUUCUGGGAGACAAGCUCAGUGCACAUGGCGUUCAACCUGAUGAUGAAAAAAUACACGCCAUACAAAGAAUGCCGAGUCCCACAGACAAGACAGGUGUACAGCGUAUAUUGGGUGUGGUCAACUAUAUUGGCAAGUUCAUCCCAAACCUUGCUGUGAAAACAUCCUGCAUUCGUGAACUCCUUCACAAUGACACAGAGUUCAAGUGGACGUCCAGGCACGAGAAUGAGUGGCAGAGACUGAAGGAAACACUCACUACUGCACCUGUGCUGACGUUCUUUGACCCUACAAAGAAAACAAAGGUGUCAACAGAUGCUUCAAAAGAUGGACUGGGUGGAGUUUUACUACAGGCUGAUGAUGAACACUGGAAACCAGUAGCCUAUGCAUCACGAUCCAUGACACAGGCUGAAUGUAGGUAUGCUCAAAUAGAAAAGGAAUGUCUAGGGUUAGCAUAUGGCCUGCAGAGCUUCCACAACUAUGUUUAUGGUCUCCCUACCUUCACUGUAGAAACAGACCAUCGCCCACUAGUUUCCAUCAUCAAGAAAAACUUGAAUGACAUGACACCACGAAUACAACGUUUCAUGAUGAAGAUGCAGCCAUAUGAUUUUCAGCUCAUCUACACACCUGGAAAGCACUUGAUACUGGCUGAUGCACUCUCAAGAGCACUCAUGAAAAACAGCGUCAGUGCUACUGAAGAGGAUGUACAAAACCAUGUGAAUAUGGUGUCAGCUACACUUCCAGUGUCAGACAUAAAAUCACAACAAAUCGCUGAGGAAACGGCAAAAGAUGAGGAGUUGCAGCGUGUUAUUACCAACAUGCAGAAUGGAUGGCCUCCACGUUCCAGCCCACGGUUCUUCCAUGUUAGAGGUGAACUAAGUGUUGUGGAUGGACUUUUACUGAAGCGAAACCGAAUAGUCAUUCCACAAACAUUGAGGCAGGAUAUACUACAAAGAAUCCAUGAAGGUCAUCUAGGGAUUGAAAAGUGCAAGAGACGAGCACGCGACACUGUAUACUGGCCUGGAAUCAACAAAGACAUUGACAACAUGAUUGGCAGAUGUGCAACAUGUCAAAAAUACAGAAACAAACAAACCGAAGAACCCAUGAUAUUGCCUGAAGUUCUUACUGCACCAUGGCAGAAAGUGGGAAUGGACUUGUUUUAUUUGAAGGGCAAAGAGUAUGUUGUUGUAAUUGACUACUAUUCUAAUUUCCCUGAAAUGGCUUUGCUAUCAAGCACAUCAUCAAACUGUGUGAUCACGCAUGUCAAAUCUAUAUUUGCUAGACAUGGUAUACCGCAUACUGUGGUGAGUGACAAUGGACCAUGUUUCAACAGUAAAGAGUGGCAGCAAUUUGCAAAACACUAUGAUUUCAGACACGUGACGUCAAGCCCUCUGUACGCACAGUCAAAUGGAAAGGCUGAGAAAGGAGUACAUAUUCUCAAACAACUUUUGAAGAAAGCAGUGGAUAGUAACUCUGAUCCAUACCUAGCACUACUUAGCUACAGAGCGACACCUCUUGAGUGUGGCUUGUCACCCUCUGAACUACUGAUGAACAGAAAGCUUCGUACUACGCUACCAAGUAUGUCUACACCAACGCAGAGUCAAAAAGUACAACGGAAGCUAAAGCAACAAAAGCUAAAGCAGAAGUCGUUUUAUGACAAAGCAGCCAAAUCGCUCCCAUCACUAUCACCAAGUGACACAGUGAGAAUUGAAGGUCCUGAUGGUUGGAAAACCAAAGCUACUGUUCUUCAAGAAACAUCACCACGAUCAUAUACUGUGAGGAGUGAAGAAGGACAGAUACUACGUCGCAAUCGUCGCAGUUUGCUGAGGGUUCCAGAGACUGUUCCAAACCAAGAAACAGCCGAGUCCGAGGUUUCAUCUACACCGACUGUUUCAAACCAAGCAACAGCUGAGUCCGAGGUUUCAUCUACACUUACUGACUGUGAAACAAUGCCAAUGCAGCACAUGAAUGAAGAUGUGACUGACGAUCCUGAACCUGUGUUGAGAAGAUCUACAAGGCAGAUCAAGAAACCUGUGAAUGAUGACUACGUGUAUUAUUGAACUCGUAUAAUAUCAAACUGAUUGACAAGCUAAAGAGUUCAUGUUUUUAAAAAAUAUUUUAAAUGUUUUCUAAUACUGUGGUGCAUGGAUAGUUUUUGAAAAUAUUGCAUAUUCAUGUGGUCAAGAUAGAAAAACAAGUUAUUUGUUUAAUACAUGACAUGGUAUUAGCAAUGGGUGCUUAGUUUAGAAAGGGGGAUGUAAUGAUAGUGUUUGACCACAUGGUGGUAGUAAGAGUCUACAAAUGACUAGGAACCAAUAUAUAGUAUGUGUCAGUAGGACUCUUGAGAGAGGUACACACCUUGUACGCACGAGUGUUGAAGUAGCGUUUGUAAUAUGUGAUCGUGAUUAAAAGACAG